AAAUAAAGGAUCAUCAUUUAAUAUCCUCCACCCUGUGUCUUAUUCUCCACCCUCUCCGUCUCAUUCUCACUGAGACACGAGCCUGGAAACAGUCGACAGGCGUCGUAAGCAAGCGACGCUCCUCUGAAAUGUAUUUAUUUACGAACAAUCUAUCGUAACUUGAUAUCUCUGACUUUCACCUACGCUGUCAAAAGCGCUUUUACGUUUUCAAUUCAAGCGUCAGUUUAAUGCGCGAGUUGGAUAUGAUGAUCUGGAUCCAAAAGUGUUGAUGAAGACAUCUGGCGUUUCAAUCUGAUCGGAUCGCGCGCGACUCAAGCCUUCUCAUCGAGUCACGUACCGACUGUAUCGCGGAAUCCAUACGUCAGUGUUGAGGUUGGUGGAUCAAAGCUAUGCUGUCAUUGGACGAACCCCUGGACCUGAAGAUAUCCUCCGGUCGUGACAGGGCGAUCAGAACGUCUAUAUGUGCACCGCUGCACUUUGCUCGUGCGCGGAUAUCACGAGCGUCACAUGCCUCCAGUCCUGAUACAGAUGAUAAAGACAUGUCAGACUCUUCAUCGUCCACUGUAGUGGAUCUAAGUCUGUCCCCAUCCUCCUCACCCUCACCACCCUCUCCCAUAGACAGCGGUGCCAGCUGGAGUCCCACAGCACCUCUGCUGGCUGUGGAAUCAGAAAGCCCAGCCUACCAUGAGGAGAGCGCAUCUCCGCCUCCAGGUUUUCGGUUCUUUCUGCCGAUUGGUGCGGAUGGUCCUCUGCGGCUGCCCUCCACAAUGCUGACCGGUCAGCACUCGCCUGAGCCCUUAGCGGAUGAGCAGCUGGCCUGCCGCUGGCUAAAGUGCCAUCUGCUGUUCGAAAGCCUGCAGGAGUUGGUGAACCAUGUGAACGACUCCCAUGUCAAACCGGAGAAGAAUUCGGGAUACUGUUGUCACUGGGAGGGUUGUGCACGCAAGGGUAGAGGCUUUAAUGCCAGGUACAAGAUGCUGAUUCAUAUUCGUACUCAUACAAAUGAGAAACCUCAUCACUGCCCUACCUGCCAAAAGAGUUUCUCACGCCUGGAGAACCUUAAAAUACACACACGCUCACAUACAGGAGAAAAGCCGUACAUCUGCCCGUAUGAAGGCUGCAACAAACGCUACUCGAACUCCAGCGACCGUUUCAAACACACCCGCACGCAUUACGUGGACAAGCCCUACUGUUGCAAAAUGGUAGGCUGUCUGAAACGCUACACCGACCCCAGCUCCCUCCGCAAACACAUCAAGGCGCACGGUCACGCCGUUGCACAAGAUCAGGGCAGCUCGACCAAAGUGGAAGGUCUGAUGAGAGGAAGUCAUUCGGAAGGUCCUUCCCCAAUGGAUGGCAGAGGGAUGGACCCUCGGUACCCAGGGAGGUCUCAUUUUAACCUGCCUGGGGUGGCAAGCGGCUUGCUCGGAUCUCAUGCCUUGAACACCCUUGCGGGAUGUCCCCUUGGCGGUCAUCCCCUCGAUCUCUCAAUGCUCAGCCCUCUAUUGGGAGCAGGACCUGUGCUGUACCCCAGCUCUCAUGCUUUAGGGCUCGGGAAGGUGCCGAUCCUUCACCCUCUGCUGUUACCGUCUCUAGGGCUCAGUGGGGGGAGAAGGGAAAUGGGGGUGGAGGAAGAGGAGGAUAUUGAUGACGAUGAUGAUAAGGGCAGGUUGGGAGCCGGGCGUAGCCCUCAUUCAUGGGUUGUGAUCCCCCCAGGCAUGCUAUUUUUGAAACAGGUGGUGACCACAUAAAGGGGCUGGUUAGACUUGUUUACAUUGCACAACAUGAUUGUCGACAAACACGACUGUCGACAAUGUUGUCCAUUUGUCUGGAUACCUGCUAUAUAUACACUUUGUCUAUAAUAGUGCCAUAUAAUAGUAGUAAAGGAAUAGUUCACCCAAAAUUUUUGAUUUAACCAAAUUCACUGUUUCUUUAAACCAUACAGAAAGAAAUGAUAAUUUACGGAACUCGUUCACAAAAAUGUGUUUGUCAAUCAUAAAACUGCAUUGCCUAUGUGGUCAUAAUGGUAGAUAAGAGCUCAAUAAAAAAGGACUUUGAAGUAUAGGAGAGGUCGCAAUUCAACGACAACCGAGUAAACCAAAAGCUAUUUAAAAGACGUGUAGCUUGACCGCUAUAAAUAAGUAAAAGCAUGUAUUGUUAUAAAUGCUUUUUGUGUCUGUUUGUUUAAAGACGCGACAUCGAUUGUGUCAAAAUCUUUCACCAUUUGUUACCCAUUAUUCGCAGAUUUUUAAACGUUUAUGCAUGGCUGACGUAUCUCACUGGUGUACAACCGGAUCCCAGUUGCUCUGGGAAUCCCAUAUCUAAAGCUUUUUUGAUGACGUGGCACAUUUAAUAUAUGCCACGCACAAUGAACGAAUGGUAAGACUAUGGCCUGUGAUGGCCAGCGCGAGUAUUUUAUUGAUAUAUUUGCACAGUUGUAUAUUUUAUCAAACAUAUUUUUACCAGUACCAAGUGCCUUCUGAUGUAAGGUAGUUAGUGACGAAAUAUAAUGUAUGGAAUACAUUUGGAUUGUAUAUUGUCUGUAUGUAUGUAUAUAUUCAAUAGGCUACUAUCGUAUGUAACCGCAACGUUUUUUAUUGACAAUGAGGCUCAUUGAGCUAAUGCUAGCUAUCUUGCUAUACCGCAGGACAUCUGCCAAUGUGACUGGAAUGAAAUGUAUGGAAAAGGCCUAGAUAAAAACUAUGACUCAUACAUUCAAUAAAAGAAAUGCAAUAUUAAA